AUGUCUGCGUGUCCAGCAACAGCUGACACCGUCUUCGGCCCCAGGGUCGAUGUCGCCUGUCGCACCUUGGACUUCACCUUUUACUUCGAGGAUGCCUUUCUUGCCUUCCUGCCAUCUGCGGUAUUCAUCUCGCUGCUGCCCAUGGCACUAUGGCAGCUCCGAUCGCGAUCUCGCAGAGUAAAGCGAUCGGUACUGCUAUCUUGCAAGCUGGUAGCACUGAUUGCGCUUCUAGUCAGCCAGCUCGCCUUUGUGCUCGUCCGACAGUUGAAACUCUCCCAUCUGCACAAUAAAAUGUCGAUUCCGGCGGAUGUUCUCGAAUUGCUUGCGAUUACCGGUGCUAUUGCGCUGUCAUCGCUCCACCACACUCGCUCAAUCCGUCCAUCGACUCUGCUCGUCUGCUUCCUCUCGGCGAGAUCACUCUUAGGCAUUGCCCGCGUUCGCACCCUCUGGCUCAAGCCAAAUGCAACCCGCGCGACAGUACCUUUUACUUUGAGUUUUACCUUGACCCUCUUGUCGACAGUUCUUGAGUCGAUAGGGAAGGAAUCCGCCCUUGUCAAAGCAUCCGAGAAACCUGCGACACCAGAACCAUUCAGUGGCUUUUGGAAGCGCGCUGCGUUCGCCUGGCUAACGGGAACAUUCAGAAAUGGCUACAGCAAGGUCAUCUCCGUGCAGGACUUACCAGAACUCGACCCCAAGCUAGACAGCGAGGUCGUGGGGGCCCAGCUACAGGCAGUCUGGGCGCGCGCUGAUAAAAGGGCUGCCCACGCGCUGCUUCGCGCAUGUUUGACUGCAUAUCGGUCUCCCCUGCUUACGGCUGCCCUGCCGCGUCUGAUGAAGACCGGCUUUACCUUUUGCCAGCCGUUUCUGAUCGAUGCGGCUGUCUCGUGGGUCGGCAAUCCGAAUUCCCCCAUGGACUCUGGGAGAGCACUGAUUGGGGCUUUUGCGCUGGUUUAUGUGGGACAGGCGGUGUCUACGAGCCUAUAUGGCUAUCAGACAGCGCGAUAUACCAUCCGCUUGCGAGGGGGCCUGAUAGCGCUCGUUCACCGGCAAACUGUCAACACCCGCGCUGUGGAUCUCGGGGAGAGCACGGCAAUCACACUCAUGGGUACAGAUGUAGAACGUAUCGUGUCUGGGUCCAGAGUGACUCAUGAGUUGUGGGCGUCUCUACUCGAGAUAGCGAUUGCCAUUUACCUCCUUGAGAGACAGGUUGGUGUUGCGUGCCUUGUUCCUGCCGUGAUCGUGCUUGUCUUCGUAGCCGCCACCUUCAAGGUAUCAGGUGCCACUAACAAAUACCAGCGUCUCUGGAUUGAGCGGAUUGAAGAGAGACUGCGGCUGACGUCGUAUACCCUGGAGAAUAUCAAGGCCGUCAAGAUGUUAGGCCUGUCGGAGAAAUUGUAUUCGAUAAUCAGGAGUUUGCGACAUGCAGAAAUUGCCACGUCUACUGUGUUCCGCAAGCUGCUGAUUGUAACUAGCACGCUUUCCAACUCCCCCGCUGAUUUGGCGCCGAUGGCAACCUUCGUCGUCUACGUUAUCAUAGCGCUCGUACGAGACGACAAGUCGCUUCUUGCUGCACAGGCAUUCACCUCGUUGUCUUUGGUUUCGUUAGUCACAGACCCCGUCUUGACAUUUAUCCUAUCUCUGCCUGAAGUCGUUCAGUGCCUAGGAUGCUUCAACCGGAUACAAGAGUACUGCUGUUCUGAGGAGUCGGCUGACGGAGUUAAGUCGCUCCAAAAUACCCCCGUUGACAAGGUCGGUGUGUCUUACGACCUGAAGGAGAUCUCCAAGUCCCAAAGUUCCCGCAAAGAUCUGGUCGUCUUUUCCAACCUUAGCGUCGGAUGGACCAAUAACGCACCUCCAGUCCUGCGGGACAUGACUCUGACUAUUCAGCACGGUGCCGUCACCAUGAUUGUCGGGCCAAUCGGCAGCGGAAAAUCCACGUUCCUUGAGACUAUCCUUGGAGAAUCGCUUGUUCUACAGGGGCGCGCGGACCGGGAUGCCUCCCCCAUUGCGUACUGUUCGCAGGCACCGUGGCUGCAAAGCACGACCAUCCGCGAGAAUAUCCUAGCUGGACUGCCCGUUGACACCGUAUGGUAUGACACCGUUCUGCGUGCCUGUGCCUUGGAAGGUGAUCUUGCUCGCCUCCCUCGUCGUGAUAAGACGCCAGUGGGUAGCAACGGUAUCGCGCUGAGUGGCGGCCAGAAGCAGCGUAUUGCACUCGCCCGGGCAGUAUACAGUCGAUGCAGGGUGCUGAUGCUAGAUGAUGUCUUCAGUGGGAUUGAUGCAGCUACUACUGAGAUAAUCACACGAAGUCUUUUCGGCGACGGCGGCCUCUUUCAAACUCUGCAGAGCACGGUUGUGCUUGCUACACAUUCCCGUGGGAUUGCCCCGACCAAUUCCCUUUACAACGCUUGUAGACUGAUCCUUCUCGCAGCCUCUAUUCUUCAGUACGCCGACCAUCUCGUGGUCCUGACCGACGGCCACAUCAAUGGAGCCGGAACCCUGCACGCCCUUCAAGCCAGCAAUAGUUACAUUCAGAAUCUCAAUGCAACACACAACUCAAAUGUGCCAGUCACCGCCAAACAGUCCGAUGACACAGUGGUGCCCCGUGCAAUAUCUACUGAACAUGAAGACCGCACAGCUGGAGACUCGGCCGACAUGGACACCGAUCACGUUGGAUCCACCGACGCUACGCGGCAGAACGGCGAUAUGGCUGUCUACGCCUACUAUGCUUCUGUAUCUGGGCGCAUGACAGUCGCUAUGACUGUGAUCAUGACUCUCUGCUGGAGCUUCUGCCACGAAUUCUCGACUAUUUGGUUGGACUGGUGGACGGAAGCGAAUGCACAACACCCUAAUGAGAGGGCGGGGAUGUAUCUCGGCGUUUAUGUCUUCCUCAGCAUCAUCAGCGUGGUUUUCAUGAUUGCUGCUUGCUGUACCAUGCGGUCAGUUACUGCUAUUUUGGCAAAGUAUAGCGCAUCGCUGAUCUUACCUACCUGCAGCGCCCCAUUCCAGUUCUUUCAAAAUGUUGAUGUCGGCAGCAUCACCAACCGUUUCAGCCAAGACAUGGAUCUCAUUGACAUGACCCUCCCAAUUGAAGGCAUCAACCUGCUGUCCGCCGUCUGCAGCAGCCUCGUGAAAGUGAUUAUCCUUGCCGUCUUCGCCAAGUACCUCGCAAUCGCAAUUCCAUUCCUGGCAGUCAUCCUGUACUUGACACAAAAGUUUUAUCUCCGGACGUCACGCCAGAUGCGUCUCCUCGAUAUCGAAGCCAAGGCGCCACUAUACACACACUUUCUAGAACUGGUUGGUGGCGCUACAACUGUGCGUGCAUUUCAUUGGCAUGUCACAUUCAACACGACAGCUCUCUCGCUGCUGAAUAUAUCCCAGAGACCAGUUUAUAUGCUAUCGUGUAUCCAGCAGUGUCUAGGUCUGGUGCUCGACCUGAUUGUAGCCGCGAUGGCGGUUAUUGUUGUUUCGACUGUCGUCUUCUUGAGGGAUCACUUCAAUGCGGGCGAUGUCGGUGUUGCACUCGUCAUGGUCAUGACAUUCAGCUCGUCACUCAUGGAGCUCAUCAAGUAUUGGACUAUGACCGAGACAUCGAUUGGAGCUAUUGCAAGAGUCAAAGAUUUCGUUGCUGCAACGGAGCCCGAGGAUAACAUGGAUGAGGAUUCAUCCUCGCGCCCGGAAUUACCGAGGUCAUGGCCAGCAAAUGGCGCAAUUCAGCUCAGCGGAGUUGUAGCCUCACAUUCGUAAGUUCAACCCUCUUUCUUGACAAAUGAUAUCUCUUUACACAAUCUAACACUACCCAAAACCAGACUAAGCACACCCCCGGUCCUUAACGGACUGAGCAUGAGCAUUCAGCCUGGCCAAAAGAUUGCCAUCUGUGGCCCCUCAGGUAGCGGCAAGACCAGCCUCAUCCUAACUCUUUUGCGCAUGAUCCCCCUCCGUGCCGGCACCAUAACCAUCGACGACCUGGAUCUCACCGCGUACGCAGCAUCGCAGAUCCGCCCGCGCCUAAACAUCGUCACGCAGGAUCCGCUCCUCCUCCCUGGAUCAGCAGGACAGGACACCACCGUGCGCUUCAAUAUCGACCCGUUCGGCAGUGCCGCAGACGACGCCACGAUUAUCGCUGCAUUGGAACGACUGGGUCUUUGGACGAUCAUUGCCGCAGCCGGCGGACUCGAUGCCGAGAUGAAGGCUACGGCGUGGUCAGCGGGACAGAGGCAGCUUCUCUGUCUUGCGCGGGCGAUGGUACGCGGGUCCGCUGGUCUCAAGGUGCUCAUCUUAGACGAGGCCACGAGUAGCGUUGAUCCGGACACUGAGGCGAUCAUACAAAAUGUUCUGGAUACCGAGUUUCAAGACCAUACGGUGCUUUCUGUGCUGCAUCGGCUGCGGUACGUGGGUUGGUAUGACCGGGUCGCGGUGCUGGAGGGCGGCGAGUUGGUUGAGUUUGAUAAGCCGGAUGUGUUGUUGGCGAGGGAGGAGUCGAAGUUUGCGAGGCUGUAUAGCUCGUCGGGGGUGGGUGGUCAUUAA